AUGGAUAAAUAAGAAAUUUAUACAGUUGAAGAUACAAAUGCGGACGCUAUGGCUUCAAAGCUAUCAGCUGUUAAUAAAGGGUAUUUGGAAGACGAUUUUGCUAAAGAGUUUGUUUAAGAAUAAGAAAGGAAAGAUAUUAUUAUACAUAGAGGGUAUUGGGGUAGAGUUAACAUUUUUUAAUUACUUUUAGAAAGAUUUUUAUUAAAUUCGUCUAAUAUUAAAAAACAAAUAAUAUCUUUAGGAUGUGGAUAUGAUACAAAUUAUUAUAUGUUAAAAAAAAAUCCAUAAUUUUAAAAUUUAGAUUUCCUUUAUGUAGAGUUGGAUUUAGAAAAUGUAGUCAAAAAUAAGAUUAAAAAAAUUGAAAAAUCAACCAUAAUAUAAUAAGUUAUUGGUGAACAUAAAUUAAAUGAGAAAAAAACAGAGCUUAAUUCAAAAAAUUAUUGUUUAUAUCCAUAAAAUUUAAUAUAAUAAGAUAAUUUUAUUCAAAAUUUAAAAAAUGCAGGUGUUGAUUUAUCAAUACCAACGUUUUUUUUUGCAGAAUGUGUAUUUACAUAUAUAGAAACAAAACAUGUAGAUUCUUUAAUAAAAUUAAUAUAAGAUUCAUUUGAGGUAGUUUAUUUAGCAAGUUAUGAAAUGAUGAACCCUCAUGAUUAAUUUGGUAAAAUGAUGGUCAAAAAUUUUGAAAGAAAAGGAUGUCCUUUAGUAGGAAUAUUUGAUUACCCUGAUAUUAAAAGUUAAUAAUAAAGGCUUUAUAAUUUAGGAUUUUAAAAUGUAGAAGUUUAUUCAAUGCUUGAUGUUUAUAAUCAUUAUACUGACUAAAAAGAGAAAAAAAGAAUUGAGAAAAUAGAAAUGAUGGAUGAGUUUGAAGAAUGGAACAUUAUGCAAAAGCAUUAUUUUGUUAGUUUAACUUCUAAAUAUUCUUAAAGUGCUCAAAACAAUAAUGAAUUUUAAUAACUUUUUCAUAAUUUAAAAAUUAAUUAAAAUUAAUGA